AUGAAGUGUAAGUAUUGGCUCAGAAAUAUUCAGGGUUUAAGGGGAGAAAGCAGGGCGAAGAACAAAGAAUCCUUCUGGCUACCUGGCCCUGCCUAUGUGGAAAAUUGGUCGAAUCUGCCUUUCCGUUUCGGAAUAUCGUGGAGUACACAUCGUGAGCGAAUUAAUGGUUAUGACGAGUUCGCCUUAUUUUUCCAUGACACUUACGGCGGUACGUUAAUUGGAGUUUUAUUAAAACCCCAAGCGUUAGAAAUGAAAGAUUUUAAAGUAUCGAACAUCAAUGGUCGUAAAUAUAAUGCGGACGGUCGAUUAUUUCUAAAUUUAUCGGCAAUGAUUCAAGAUUUUUAUAUUCUUGGGAACGGGCUUGUAGACUCGAUCGAUGUCCGAUCGAAACGAUUUGCUUUGACCUAACACUUCCCAACAAGAAAUUAAAAAUGCACCUUAUAAUGUAAGUUGUAAAAUAAAACUUUUAUAUGAAUUGUUUUAUAUUUGUAACUAUAAUGAACAUACAACAAUGUAUUAAAUUAUUAAAUAUGUAUAUAACAUGUUAAAUAUGUAUAUAA